UGCUCACGAAUCAGCUGCAGGUCCCUGCUGGAAAAGCAGAGAUACAGAGGCAGAGGGAAAGGGUGGAUUUCCAUGUGACCUGCUCUGAGCGCAAGACCGGCACCAACCGAAUUCCAGAAGCUCUGUUCAUGUGUGGGGAUAUUUUUUCAACUAAAUGGAAUCAGAAAGAAGCAAAAGGAUGGGAAAUGCCUGCAUCCCCCUGAAAAGAAUUGCUUACUGCCUGUGUCUCUUAUCUGCGCUUUUGCUGACUGAGGGGAAGAAGCCAGCGAAGCCAAAAUGCCCUGCUGUGUGUACUUGUACCAAAGAUAAUGCUUUAUGUGAGAAUGCCAGAUCCAUUCCACGCACCGUUCCUCCUGAUGUUAUCUCACUAUCCUUUGUGAGAUCUGGUUUUACUGAAAUCUCAGAAGGGAGUUUUUUAUUCACACCAUCGCUGCAGCUCUUAUUCAUAGAAAACAACCACAUCAAGUCCAUCUCAAGACACACUUUCCGGGGACUAAAGUCUUUAAUUCACCUGGACCUAAGAGGGAACUCAUUUAAUUGUGACUGUAAGUUGAAGUGGCUGGUGGAGUGGCUCAGCCACACCAACGCGACCGUUGAGGACAUCUACUGUGAAGGACCCCCAGAGCACCAGAAGCGCAAGAUCAAUAGCCUUUCCUCCAAGGACUUUGACUGUGUCAUCACAGAAUUCGCCAAGUCUCAAGACCUGCCUUAUCAAUCACUGUCCAUAGACACUUUUUCUUACAUGAAUGAUGAGUAUGUUGUCAUUGCUCAACCUUUUACUGGAAAAUGCAUUUUCCUUGAAUGGGACCACGUAGAAAAGACAUUCCGGAAUUAUGACAACAUCACAGGCACAUCCACUGUAGUGUGCAAGCCUAUAGUCAUUGAAACUCAGCUGUACGUUAUUGUGGCCCAGCUGUUUGGUGGCUCCCAUAUCUAUAAGCGAGAUGGUUUUGCAAACAAAUUCAUAAAAAUCCAGGAUAUUGAAAUUCUCAAAAUCCGAAAACCGAACGACAUAGAAACAUUCAAGAUUGAAAACAACUGGUACUUUGUUGUUGCUGAUAGCUCAAAAGCUGGUUUUACGACCAUUUAUAAAUGGAACGGAAAUGGAUUCUACUCCCAUCAAUCAUUACAUGCCUGGUACAGGGACACUGACGUGGAAUAUUUAGAAAUAGCCAGAACACCUUUGACACUUAGAACACCUCAUUUAAUCUUGUCCAGUAGUUCCCAGCGUCCUGUAAUUUAUCAGUGGAACAAAGCAACACAAUUAUUCACUAACCAAACUGAUAUUCCUAACAUGGAAGACGUCUAUGCAGUGAAGCACUUCUCAGUGAAAGGUGAUGUGUACAUUUGUUUGACAAGAUUUAUUGGUGACUCCAAAGUCAUGAAAUGGGGAGGCUCCUCCUUCCAGGACAUUCAGAGGAUGCCGUCGCGAGGAUCUAUGGUGUUCCAGCCACUUCAGAUAAAUAAUUACCAAUACGCAAUUCUUGGAAGUGAUUAUUCCUUCACUCAAGUGUAUAACUGGGAUGCAGAAAAAGCCAAAUUUGUGAAAUUUCAAGAAUUAAAUGUGCAGGCACCAAGAUCAUUCACACAUGUGUCCAUUAACAAGCGUAAUUUUCUUUUUGCUUCCAGUUUUAAGGGAAACACACAGAUUUACAAACAUGUGAUAGUUGACCUAAGCGCAUGAGACACCAAAUCCUGUGGCUGCCAUCAACUCUCUACAGUACAUGACCUGGGUGAAGUCAGUGCAUGGCGACUCUCACCACACGUGCAGAUGAAUGCCUUUCAAACACUGAAACUGCUAGAACCAAGCGCUCCAGCACUCCGUCCCUAGCUGCCCAAUCCAGUGGUAUGGGAA